CUCUUGACCGGGAAGGUGGGCGAGAGAGAGAGGAGUGGAUUUGGGGAGGGAGGGGCGGAUCCGCCUUUUCCUUCAUCCGGUAAUUUUAACGUUUUCUCGCCGCCGUUUGUUGUACUGGUAGAUCUCCCUCUCUCUCUCUCUCUGCAACAGCACUGCUUCUGCUUCUGCUUCUGCUUCUGCUUCUCUUCUGCUCUCUCUUUACCCGACUAACUUUGUCUUUUUCCAUAACUCCCAAAAUCCCAUCCUACUUCUCCUACUCCUGCCACCAACUUUGUCCUCUCUUCUUCUGUUGCGGGGGCUUUCUCAUACCCCCACCACCCCCAUUUCCUGAUUUUCAUCUUCACCGGCUAUUCAGAUCCCGGCCGGGAAGAUGCUGCUGCUUAUCCCGAUCCAUUUUCCUUACUGCUUAGACCCUUUUACACUUUGACUUGAUUCCCCACCUCCGAUCCACCGGACCGACGGAGGGAGGUUUAUUGCUACUAUUACCCCCAAACCCCACUUCUCCUCCCCGUCCUCCCACCCCCACCACAAACCAACCAAAAAAAAAAAAAAACAGAGAAAAAUUUAUCAGCAUUUGCACAUUUGAGCUCCUCCUGUUACUACUGCUUUCUUCGAUGGGGCAGUGUUAUGGCAAGACGAUCCCCACUGGGGACAGCGGUAGGCCCACCACCUCCCUCCCCGAUGAUCGCCCCUCUUCCUCCCCCACCAAUAACGGCGGGGUUAACAUCCCCUCUGUGAAAAAUACUCCCGGCCGAUCCUCCGCCCUACCCAGUCCCAACCCCUGGCCCAGUCCUUAUCCUCAGGGAGGAGGACCAGGUGGGACCAGUCCUCUUCCAGCUGGCGUCUCCCCCUCUCCGGCCAGGUCCACUCCUGGCCGGAGAUUCUUUAAGCGCCCCUUCCCGCCCCCCUCUCCGGCCAAGCACAUCAAGGCCUCCCUCGCCAGGCGCUUCGGAUAUCCCAAGACCCCGCGUGAGGGCCCGAUCCCCGAGGACUCUACCACUACCGCCGUCGCCACCGAAAGUGAUCAUCAUCAGCACUCCCUGGAUAAGAACUUUGGUUAUAAUAAGAACUUCGGAGCCAAGUAUGAGUUGGGGAAAGAGGUGGGCAGGGGCCAUUUUGGUCAUACGUGCUUUGCUAAGGGCAAGAAGAGCGAGCUCAAAGACGUUCCUGUUGCUGUUAAAAUCAUCUCUAAAGCAAAGAUGACGACAGCAAUAUCUAUUGAAGAUGUCCGGAGAGAAGUGAAAAUUUUGAAAGCGCUAUCUGGCCAUAGACAUCUGGUGAAAUUUUAUGAUGCCUGUGAAGAUGCCAAUAAUGUGUACAUAGUAAUGGAGUUGUGUGAAGGUGGAGAACUACUUGACAGAAUAUUAUCUAGAGGUGGUAGAUACACAGAAGAGGAUGCUAAGAUCAUUGUUGCUCAAAUAUUGAGUGUUGUUGCAUUUUGUCAUCUCCAAGGUGUUGUCCACCGGGACUUGAAGCCUGAGAAUUUCCUCUUUACCUCUAGAAGUGAAGAAGCUGAUAUGAAACUUAUUGAUUUUGGUCUUUCUGACUUCAUUAGACCAGAUGAAAGACUUAAUGAUAUUGUUGGGAGUGCAUACUAUGUGGCACCUGAAGUUCUCCAUAGAUCUUAUAGCUUGGAGGCAGACAUUUGGAGUAUUGGUGUUAUAACCUAUAUUUUGUUAUGUGGGAGUAGACCAUUUUGGGCAAGGACAGAAUCUGGAAUCUUCCGGGCAGUUCUCAGAGCUGAUCCCAACUUUGAAGAUAUACCUUGGCCUUCUGUCUCAAAAGAAGCCAAGGACUUUGUCAAAAGGCUUCUAAACAAGGACUACAGGAAGAGAAUGACUGCUGCACAAGCUUUGACGCACCCAUGGCUGCGGAGUGAAAACCAUCCUAUUCCUCUUGAUAUCUUGAUUUACAAGUUGGUCAAGUCAUAUUUACAUGCAACUCCUUUCAAACAUGCAGCACUGAGGGCUCUAUCAAAAGCUUUAACUGAGGAUGAAUUGGUUUAUCUUAGAGCUCAGUUUAUGCUUUUGGAACCAAAUAAGGAUGGACGUGUUUCUCUCGAAAACUUUAAAAUGGCUCUUCUUCGGAAUGCAACCGAUGCCCUGAAGGAGUCGAGGGUUCCUGAUAUUUUAAAUGCAAUGGCCCCGCUCUCUUAUCUAAAGAUGGAGUUCGAGGAGUUUUGUGCAGCUGCAAUCAGCACAUACCAACUGGAGGCUCUCGACGGCUGGGAGCAAAUUGCUUCAACUGCAUUUGAGCAUUUCGAACAAGAGGGCAACCGAGUAAUAUCAGUGGAAGAGCUGGCUCGGGAGUUGAAUCUUGGCCCUACAGCUUAUUCAAUUCUCAAAGACUGGAUAAGAAAUGAUGGAAAACUCAGUUUGCUUGGAUAUACCAAAUUUUUGCAUGGGGUGACGCUCCGUAGUUCAAAUACGAGACAUCAUUAGCGCAUUCUUUUUGUAGAUUUUUUUUUUCCCCCUUGACCUUCAUUAGUGUUUGAGAAAUUAUAGGAGUCAAGAUUUGGUGGAGUUGUUAGUAUUCUAAAGGAUAUAAUCUCUCCUUGAGGUGGAGGGGAACAAAUUGCUGUACAAAUGAAUAUAGACAGUAGUAGAUGGAUCUGUCAAUUGGGAAGCUUUGUGAAGGCAAUUCCCAGUUAAAAUUUUCUUGCUAUUGAUAUCCAAUACCUGCUUUAUGUGCAGGUCCGAAAGGAAUGAGUACUGUUUUGAGCUACUAUGUAA